UUCACGAAUCGAUUCAUCGUCUCCUGUUUUUUCAUCGAAUUUCAAUAGAUUUUCAAGAAGAAUCUACUAAAACUUCCCUUAAAAUCAUGUCAGAGCCUGUGGUGCUUGUGAUAUCAGAGUGUGCUGAGACAAAUCCCUGUAAAAUUAUCAAUGAAAUCCGAAAUGUCCCACAAGAAGAAAAGGUCUGUGAUGUGAAUGGCGAAACGGGCUACAAACACUCAAUAAAGUCAAAAUAUUACGAAAUCGACGUAAUUCUAUAUCCCUUUGUCGGCACCAAUUCCUUGACCGACGUUAGUGAGAGCUUUUUGGAAACUGUCGAAGGUGUCGUCAUUUAUUUUGAUCCCGCCAAACGUGAAUUUCUCGAAAAACUUGAAACGUACGCCUCAUUUUUGGAAGAUCGCGGCAUUGAACUCGGAAUUUUGUUGUGUCAGCGAGUGUUUGAUAGCGAAAAAGACGGAAUCACGUACAAAGAAGCCAAACAGCACAGUCGCUUAUUGGAUUUAAUUGAACUUUCGCCAGAUAAACCGUCGGAAGAUGAGCCACAGGGCGGCUACGAUGAACUUCAUACCGCACUGCGGAACACAAUUUGGUCAAAUAUCAGCAUGAAUGGCAGCAAGAAAGAAACAAAGAAAAGUUCGGAGAUGAAUGAGAAAGAAAUCGAAGACAAACUCGCAGAUUUUGAGAAAUUAUUGACGCAAGCGGUGAAUUUUAGAGCAAAUACGACAGAAAUGGGACGAAAUGAGAGAUUGUUGUAUGCACAACAGUUUGCAGAUGCUUUCGAGAGUAUAUUUGGCGUGGAAUCUGACGAGGAGGAUGACGAUACGACACAAUCGGGAGCUUCGUACAAACAAUUGGAAUGAAUGACGCGCAAUUUUUGCAUGUAAAUAAUCGUAAAGGCAUGAAGUAAAAUAUUCCUUAAAGUUAAUUCGUUCA